AUAGUGCUACGAAUACGGAAAAUGGAAGGUGACUUCAGAAGCAUCAUGCAUCUGAGCUAUCGUGAUUAUCGUACGAUACCGGAGGAAUUGCGUGGCACCGGAAGGGACCAGAUUGACGAGAUUUAUCUUAAAGAAAACCUUAUCCACACGCUUCCGGAUUGGUUCUUUGUGGAGAUGUGUCAUUUGCGUUUUUUAUAUCUUGCUGGUAAUAUGAUUGAAACGCUCCCGAACCAAAUCGGCCGCCUGGAGUGUCUGGAAACGCUUGACCUAUCCGAUAACUCACUCCACCGUUUGCCCAACUCGAUUGGACGAUUGAAGCGAUUAACCAAACUAAUGCUAAAUGGCAAUCACAUCCACCAACUGCCGUCGGAAAUUGGUCAUCUCCAACGGCUAGAGGAGCUACACGUUCGAAAAAAUCGUCUAACAAACAUUCCCGUCCAACUCUCCCAGUGUGUCUCGCUGGAGGAACUUCAGAUGGACGACAAUCCCGGCUUGGUAUCCAUUCCUACGCGUGUGUGCAAUCUUCCCGUGCUGACAUACGUGUCCGCCGAGCGGUGCAACCUGUUUCAGCUACCGUUCACCAUCAACACCACCACACUGUGCUUCGUACUGCUGUUUAACAGCAACCAAAGCCUAACGCACUGUCCACUCGCAUUGGAACGCUUCGCCCAACCGGACUACGAUGCAAUGGAGGACAAGAUGAAGCGUAUCAAAAAUCCAUCGUGCUACCGUCAGAUCCACUGUAAAGUGGUGCCAUAUCUGCUCAACUUUCCAUCCGAGCUAGGGAAACUGCGGAACCGCCACAGUUCCGGAACGGUGCCACACUCACUGUUCGAGACAGCGUUGCGCGCUUCGUCGCGUUAUAGACUACUGCGGUGGGAUCACACGGAAAGGUACGGUUUACCACAAUGCCUUAUGAACCGGCUUAUCAGUGGGGCAGUGGGCUGCUGUAGCAGCGUUCCUUGCGGGAAGGAGAUAUUUUCCGAAGCUGUUUUAGCGCUUGUUAAGCGGAAAGAAUAUGCGCGAAACUUCGUGCUAAGCGUUUUGUUUUGCUCGCACCUUUGUGCGGACCGUUGGUUCCAGUACAACUGUGACGCGUACGAGGAGCUCGAUUGGGAUAUUCCCAACUAAUGACAGGAGUACC